AUGGUGUGUCAUAGGCAAUAUGGUAGUGGAUAUCCGGGGGUCACUGGACGCGGCGUCGCUGGACGUGGCUUCCCAUUUUAUUAUUGGCCUAUUGCUUGGGGUGGUGUUGCUGGUGCUGGGACGGGAGCAUACCUAAGGACGAACGAAUAUGGUAAUCCUGACAAUAACACCCGCCCCGGCGGUCCUGAAUAUACAGCAGCAUUCAUUGCCAACUCGUCCGCUGCAUCUACGUUCCGUCUUAUUGCCGACAGCAAUACCGUGACCAGUCUAAUCGGCGACCUGAUGGCCAGUUGUUCUUCGUAUCUUUCCUCGGUUGUACCACCCCAAUCCUCGCCACUGAAUUCCUCUGCGCCCGACGCGCCCCAACCUGAACAAGCCGUGCAAUACUACCGCGCUUCUAGUGUCGUCCUCACCCUCGACGGCUACAACAACACCGCUGUUUAUGGUGACGAGGGCACGGCUGAUCUUCCCCUUCCCGAUAUUGUCGUGGACCUGAACGCCAACGACGGCAAGUUGUUGGGCUGUCUGAAUCAGACGAUCGGAAACGCUGUGCCGUUGAUCGAUGGCGCCCCUGCGAAAUGGUCUCCUGACGGAGGCGUGCUGGCUUUGAUCGCACUUGUAUGGUCUAUGAAGUUCGCCCUGGGCUGGGUAUAA